AUGUAUAAUGGUAAUACUAGCCAUUCACUACUGCUUCUCUCACCACAAAUGUGGUCUGUGCAUGAUUUCAUGGAAGCAGUUGGUCAACCACACGUGGGUGUUUAUACUAUUAUUGAGAAAUUUCAAAAAGAACAGCAAAAAGUUGAUUAUCAAGUGAAAGCCAUUAUACAUGGUGCACAAUGCUCAGCACCUAAAAAAGAAACAAUUGAAAGAGAAAAAAGAUUUGAUACUAUUAUUAAGAAUCAGCAAAAUUUUACAUUAAUGGAGUUUCUCUGUGGAAUAGCACACAAUUUUUCUUUGUAA